UGCCUCACGCGCCAAAUUUCUAAGUCAAUUUUCAAAAUGGCUUCCGUAGAAGCUUUGUAUGGCGUAAUAUCCUUAUUGUUUUUAUCUAGUAUAUCUUUAGCUUCAGUACCCAGUGAGCGUCAUGUUAAAUUCCAAUAUAAACAUAGUUUUAAAGGGCCACAUCUAGUGAAUAAAGAUGGAGCAAUUCCGUUUUGGAAUCACGGUGGAAGCGCUAUACCUAGUGAUGAACAAAUUAGAUUGACUCCUUCAAUGACGAAUAAAAAAGGCUAUGUAUGGACAAAGAGUACUUUCCCCCAUGAUUGGUGGGAAGCAGAGAUAGCCAUUAAAGUAACUGGCAGAGGAAGAUUAGGUGGAGAUGGUGUGGCAAUUUGGUAUACAGAGACUGCAGGUGUAGAGGGCCCAGCAUUUGGAAAUAGUAACACAUGGAAAGGUCUUGGUGUUUUCUGUGACUCAUUUGAUAAUGAUCAACAGGGAAACAAUCCGUUUAUUUCAGUAAUGCUAAAUGAUGGAAAUCAGAUCUAUGACCAUAACAAAGAUGGACAAGAUCUCCAGCGUGGUGGUUGCUUACGAGAUUUCCGAAAUCGUCCCAACCCAGUUAGACUAAAACUUCGCUAUUAUGAAAAUGUCCUCACAGUAAGUGCAGUAACUGUUAUUGCUGGCACUGUUCAAUAUAAUUAUUUAUUUAUUAAUUUUUUUUAUUUUUUUUAUUUUUUUCAGACUGAAACUGGAAUGAGUGAAGAAGAGCAGAAGAAACUUGCAGAGCAGUAUGAAGAAUAUCAAAAGAAACUAGAACAACAAAGAGAAGAGUACAAGACUGCCCACCCUGACAAAGUAAAGAGUCCUGAAACAGAGUAUGAGAAUGUUUACGAGCGAGACGUUCGUCUGGUUUAUGAAGGUCAAAAUGCAAUUCACCAGAUGAUCAGCAACCUUCACACCAAGGUGGGUGAGUUAACAGUACAAGUAAACACAUUGUACACUCUGGUGACCUCAGAUCACAAUCAAAUUGGCCAGGUGGUUAAACACGACCAAACAAUCAAUCGACAAGAAGUGAACACUUUGAUUAACAUGCAACAACAGCUGAGUUCAAAACUACAGGAGAUCAGUAAUUUAGUGAAUCAAGGAGGUAAUGUGGACAAAAGAGAUGUUGGUGACUCUGCUGGUGUGACAUCUAAACUCAGUGACAUGCAGAAUGCUAUUGAGUCUCUGACUCAUUCAGUCAACACUGUAGCAACUAAACAACAAAUGAUUGGAGGGCAGGAGAAGAAAGACUGUCCCCCACCCCCUCCCAUGCCCCAGUGUAUAGGUCCUGGAUAUUUCGUGGUUUUAAUCGUAGCUCAAUUAUUUAUGUUGAUUGGUUACAUUGGAUACAAGAAUCAAAAGGAGGCUGCUGCAAAAAAGUUCUUUUAGGAUUCUAUCUUGAAUUACCUUUCUACAAGCUACUCCGUUUCCAUAACACAGACACUUGUGGGAUGUUUGGAAUCAAUUGAAAUUAUUGCCCCAGGGCUGUUAGCGGGCUUGAAUUGAUCGCCGCGCAGUUAAAAUAAACUUAUACAUUCAUUAAAAAGUUUUAAAAACUUUUGUACUACGUACAUCAAGCGAUAUUGAAAAGACAACUGAGCUGCUCUAAGGCUUUGAUUGGUAUCAAUACAUUCCUUAAUGGGGAAUUCAGCCGUAAUAUUAAAACGUUAGUCUAUUUAAAGAUUUGACAGCUUAUCAUCUGAGUGUUGAUUACAAACCGUGCUGUUAGCAGCUUUUAUCUAGUUUCUUGUUAAAUGCUACAAAACCAACGAUACCUCGUCGUUUGUACAUGUUGUAUGCAUCAAGGUGUGGUCGUGUGUGUAUAGGAGGAAAAGCGUUUUCUGAACAACAUUGAAUGGGACUUCUUUAGUAUUCCACAUGGUAUAUUUAUAUCAUUAAUUCAUUAUUAAUCUCGCGUCUUUUAUUCGAAUUAAACCUAAAUGACCGCCUUAAUAUACUUAAUUAACUCAGAGAUGGAUAUAUUGGUCGAGGGAGAUGUUUAGACUGAGAGUUUUUGCAAUAUAAAACUAACACUGACCCAAAAAGAUCAUGGCAGUCAUGAAAAAAUAACCAAACUGUUUCGAGAUUUUUGGUUUUCAAAUUGAGUGGAAAAGAGAGAGUACGACGUGAACUGUCUGUUAAAAAAAAUUUCAAGCUCAUUUCUUAUUGGCUUUGAAAGUUAUAAUAAGAUAAUUUUUAGAGGACAGCUAUACAAUCGUAUGAUAUAAUACGUACCAUUGUCAGUUUUACGAUAACUGCAGAAAUUCUCGCGCGCUCAUGGGCUAAUUUUCAUUGUCAGUAAGCGGACAGACAAAUGA